AUGCGUGUCUCAACCGAGGCGCUGGACAUAUUCAACGCGCCCGGCGCCAUCAACGGCAACGGCCUCCGCAACCCCAUCGACGGCUUCAGCGCCGACGAGACAACCGACAUCGUCCGCCAGGGCCUGGCCGAGUUCCGCGAGCAGAACGGCAUCGCCGAGAGCAGCGACGACGAGGCGGACGAUGCUCUUCCCGAGGGGGGCUGA